AUGCUGGAGACCUAUAUGAACCUCAAUGCCAUAGGCUACAAAUGGGAAGAUAAUGAUAUCGAACAGCAUUGUCGAAGUCCUCAAAGGCAUGGAAGCAUGUAUCUUCAAAUGAUUAAAAACACACAUACUAAAGAGAAAAGCUAUGAAUGUAAUGAGUGUGGGAAAGCCUUUAUUAAUUCCAGGACCCUCCAAAUACAUAAAAUAACACAUACUGGAGAGAAACCCUAUGAAUGCAAUCAGUGUGGUAAAGUCUUUGCUCAGCACAGUCAUCUUCAAGUACAUGAAAGAACACACACUGGAGAGAAACCCUAUGGAUGCAAUCAGUGUGUGAAAUCCUUUGCUCAGCAAAGUCAACUUCUAAUGCAUAAAAAAACACAUACUGGAGAGAAACCCUAUGAAUGCAAUCAGUGUGGUAAAGCCUUUGCUCAUCACAGUGAUAUUCAAGUGCAUAAAAGAACACAUACUGGAGAGAAACCCUAUGAAUGUCAUGAGUGUGGAAAAGCCUUUGCUCACCUCAGUAAACUUCAAGUGCAUAAAAGAACACAUACUGGAGAGAAACCCUAUGAAUGUCCUCAGUGUGGUAAAGCCUUUGCUUAUCACAGUUCUAUUAAAGUGCAUAAAAGAACACAUACUGGAGAGAAACCCUAUGAAUGUCUUCAGUGUGGUAAAGCCUUUGCUCUGCAAAGUCAUCUUCUAAGGCAUACAAGAACACAUACUGGAGAGAAACCCUAUGAAUGCAAUCAGUGUGGUAAAGCCUUCACAUGUCACAGUUCUCUUAAAAGGCAUAAAGUCACACAUACUGGAGUGAAACCUUAUGAAUGCAAGGAGUGUGGGAAAGCCUUUCCUCAUCACAGCACCCUCCAAAGACAUAAAAGAACACACACUGGUGAGAAACCCUAUGAAUGUCAUCAGUGUGGUAAAACCUUUGCUCAGCACAGUGCUAUUCAAGUGCAUAAAAGAACACAUACUGGAGAGAAACCCUAUGAAUGCAAUCAGUGUGGUAAAGCCUUUGCUCAGCACAGUACUAUUCAAGCGCAUAAAAGAACACAUACUGGAGAGAAACCCUAUGAAUGUCCUCAGUGUGGUAAAGCCUUUGCUCAGCAAUGUCAUCUUCAAGUGCAUAAAAGAAGACAUUCUGGAGGGAAACACUGUGAAUGA